GGAAGCCCUGAGUAGAUUGACUCUUUGGAAAGAAUAGGACGGGUCGGCUAAGUCCUUGAGGAUUCUGGUUCUGGCUUCAAAGAAUCCAGUUGUUGGGGGGGGGGCGGUGUGUUGAGGCUUAGAAUCUGGAAGGAACCAGGAGUCCGAACGUGAAAGGGGUUGUUUCCCCAAAUACCUUGGCCAUUUCCACUUGUCUAGAGGGCGCCGGGCGUUCUCCGCGGAGCACGUGUUUCUGUUUAUUUACACUACUUUUAAAGAAUUUGCUAGAAUUUGGAAUCGAGUGAGUUUUCUGACGUAUUUGAUCACACCACCCGGGAGUACUUGGAGAGAAAACUGGUUCCCGAGGAGCUGGACUGACCACAGAAAUGAGUCCUGCAGAUGCGCUUGAUGAUGAAAAUACAUUUAAAAUCUUAGUUGCAACAGAUAUUCAUCUGGGAUUUAUGGAGAAAGAUGCAGUCAGAGGAAAGGAUACAUUUGUAACACUGGAUGAAAUUUUAAGACUUGCCCAGGAAAAUGAAGUGGAUUUUAUUUUGUUAGGUGGUGAUCUUUUUCAUGAAAAUAAGCCAUCAAGAAAAACAUUACAUACCUGCCUUGAGUUAUUAAGAAAAUAUUGCAUGGGUGAUCGUCCUGUACAGUUUGAAAUUCUCAGCGAUCAGUCAGUCAACUUUGGUUUUAGUAAGUUUCCAUGGGUGAACUACCAAGAUGACAAUCUCAACAUUUCUAUUCCAGUGUUUAGUAUUCAUGGCAAUCAUGACGAUCCUACAGGGGCAGAUGCACUGUGUGCCCUGGAUAUUUUAAGUUGUGCUGGAUUUGUAAAUCACUUUGGACGUUCAGUGUCUGUGGAGAAGAUUGACAUUAGUCCAGUUUUGCUCCAAAAAGGAAGCACAAAAAUUGCUUUAUAUGGCUUGGGGUCCAUUCCAGAUGAAAGACUCUAUCGAAUGUUCGUCAAUAAAAAAGUAACAAUGUUGAGACCAAAAGAAGAUGAGAACUCUUGGUUUAACUUACUUGUGAUUCAUCAGAACAGGAGUAAGCACGGAAAUACUAACUUCAUUCCAGAACAAUUUUUGGAUGACUUCAUUGAUCUUGUUAUCUGGGGCCAUGAACAUGAGUGUAAAAUAGCUCCAACCAAAAAUGAACAACAACUCUUUUAUGUAUCACAACCUGGAAGUUCAGUGGUUACUUCUCUUUCCCCAGGAGAAGCUGUAAAGAAACAUGUUGGUUUGCUGCGUAUAAAAGGAAGGAAGAUGAAUAUGCAGAAAAUUCCUCUUCACACAGUACGGCAGUUUUUCAUGGAGGAUGUUGUUCUGGCUGAUCACCCAGACAUUUUUAACCCGGAUAACCCUAAAGUAACUCAGGCCAUACAGAGCUUCUGUAUGGAGAAGAUUAAAGAAAUGCUUGAAAAUGCUGAGCGAGAACGUCUGGGAAAUUCUCGACAGCCAGAGAAGCCUCUUAUACGACUGCGAGUGGACUAUAGUGGAGGUUUUGAGCCUUUCAGUGUUCUUCGCUUUAGCCAGAAAUUUGUGGAUCUGGUAGCUAAUCCAAAAGAUGUUAUCCAUUUUUUCAGGCAUAGAGAACAAAAGGAAAACACGGGAGAAGAGAUCAACUUUGGGAAGCUCAUCACAAAACCUUCAGAAGGAACAACCCUAAGAGUAGAAGACCUUGUAAAACAGUAUUUUCAGACUGCAGAGAAGAAUGUGCAGCUCUCACUUCUAACAGAAAGGGGAAUGGGUGAAGCAGUACAAGAAUUUGUGGACAAGGAAGAAAAAGACGCCAUAGAGGAAUUAGUGAAAUACCAGUUGGAAAAAACACAGCGAUUUCUUAAGGAGCGUCAUAUUGAUGCCCUAGAAGAUAAAAUCGAUGAAGAGGUACGCCGUUUCAGAGAAAGCAGACAGAAAAACACUAAUGAAGAAGAUGAUGAAGUUCGAGAGGCUAUGACAAGGGCCAGAGCCCUCAGAUCUCAAUCUGAGGACUCUGCUUCCGCCUUUAGCGCUGAGGAUCUCAUGAGUAUAGAUUUGGCAGAACAGAUGGCUGGUGACUCUGAUGAGGACGUCACAGCAGCAGCCAGCAGAGGAAGAGGCCGAGGAAGAGGCCGACGAGGAGGAAGAGGGCAGAGCUCAGCCUUGAGAGGAGGGUCUCAGAGAGGAAGAGGCACUGGUCUAGAGACUUCUACUCGAAGCAGAAGUUCAAAGACCACUGUGUCAACAUCUGGAAACAUGUCUAUUAUAGAUGCCUUUAAAUCUGCAAGACAGCAGCCAUCCCGAAAUGUUGCUACUAAGAAUUAUUCAGAGGUGAUUGAGGUGGAUGAGUCAGAUGUUGAAGACGACAUUUUUCCCACCACUUCAAAAACAGAGCAAAGGUGGUCGAGCACAUCAUCAUCAAGCAAGCGCAUGUCCCAGAGCCAGAUAGCUAAAGGGGUUGAUUUUGAAUCUGAUGAGGAUGACGAUGAUGAUCCUUUUAUGAACAUGAGUUCUUUAAGAAGAAGCAGAAGAUAAUAUAUUUAAUAUAACUUGGAAGUUUUCAAGAUUCAGGAAGAAUCAAAACAUUGCAAGCUAAGAGUUUACAGUUGACGAUUUUUAAAGUAUUGCUGUUAACUAAAGAAUUUGAAAGAGACUUACUUAACAGGGAAAUUUAAUGUAAAGAAUUUGUGUUUUUGAGUAUCAUUUCCUGAACAUGACUCCUUUAAUUGAGAAGCUUCCCAGCUCAAGGACAUACAGGAUAAUACUGGUUCUCCUUAUUUCUUAAUCUAGUUAACAUUACCUGGGGCUGCUGUAUAAAAUCAGAAUGUUAUUUUCUUCACAUAUAUUAGUGAACGUCUUAUGGAAUGAGGGCUUUGCUUAAAUACCAUUCUUGAGAUUAAGGAUUAAAAGAAACCUAUCACUAUAUGUUUCUGCUUCAUGAUCAAAGACUAUGAGUAUUUUAAUAUAGUUACAUUUAGCCACAGUUGAGGAAAACACCUUAUAAAAUUUGACCCCUUUAUAAUUUUAAUAAUUUCUAGAGAUUCUGGAUUUCCUGAAGGUAAAACAAUCUUUGUGAAACUGUGCCUAAGCUUGCUGUUCAUUACUAUGUAUUGUUUUUUUUUCUAAAGCUUGUGAUAGUGUCCACCACUGAGACUUUAGAAUGUUAGAGGCACCUUAUGCUUUGAAGAAUUAGAUACAUUUGUAUUAAAAAAGAGAAAAAUCUCAGAAUUAUUGUUUUUGAUUUUAGUUGUUUUUAAAGAUUUUGUUUUAAAAGAUUGUGUUUUAGUUGUUUUAAAGGUUUUUAAAAGAUUGUGUUCCCAUUGGGUUCCCAUUAGUCAUUUUCUUUAUUCUUCAUGGUUCUCUCUUAUUCUAGCGCUCUCUCAUCUAUUUCUACAAGGAAAAGUGUUAAAAAAAAAAAAUCCAGUUCUUAACUUUAGUUUUCUUAGAAAAUAUUGUAGAACUUUUUUAGAUAGAGUAAUUAGUUGAGCAUUGGAUUAGAUUAAAAUAUUGAAAUAUAACUUCUGUGGACUAUCUGUGCCAGAAUUUCGUAUUAAUAAUAUUUUAUCUUAAUAUCAGGCAUGGCCAGUUCCAGGAAUCUUAAUGAAGCAGCCUUGUUAAGUCCAUUUUUUUCUCCCAUCCAAGUACUGACCAAGCCCAAUCCUGCUUAGCUUCCAAGAUGAAGCACAUUGAGGGGGUAUAGCCGUCGGCAAGCUUGUGUUUCUUCACUGAUGUUCCGGGGAGGACAUAACAAUUUGACCUCUUCAGGUUUAAGUUUUCUUUUCAUCUCUGAGAUAGCUGUAUUUGAAGAUUCCUUAGGGAAGUCACAGAUCGUGGUAGUCCAACAGCCUGACAUUUCUUCACUUAUAGAAUUAAAUACUUGACUGAGCAAUAUUUAUGAUUACUGGCAUGGUCACACCUGGACUAUGUCAGAUUAUGAAAGAACAUUUGCAUGUGGCUUUCUCCAUAUUAUAGCCCUUUGAAAUGGCCUUGGUCAAGAACUGGGGUAUAACAUUCUGUGGGAUAUUGGGAUAAAACAUCUGUUUUAAAUAUUUUUUAAAAAAUAUUUUCUGUACCCAACUUGAUCAUAAAGAUUAGGUGAGCAGACAGCAUUAACUAAGUGAAAGCAUUGUCCUGUGAAAUAUUCUCAGGUACAUGUCCCGACAUCUUUACUAUUCCCCACAGAAGUGAAGCCAGGAAUGAGAGUUGUUUUCCAUGUGGAGUGGAAGACGGUCUGGGUGGUGGCAUCUGGGCAAUGUAGUGCUGCCCCCAUGCAGGACAGUGCCAGCUCAUGGCUCUUCUCUCCUGCCACCGAGAUGUGCUUGCGUGAGGGUCAUCGUAGAGCAGUCACGAAAGCAUGCUGACAGGUUCUUGUGAAGAAAGACAACUUUUUCUCGAAAAAUUGCUCCAUGGUAUGACAAAGGUACUAAAUGUCGUGUUGAUAGCUCCUAAGAAAGGUGAUUCCAUGGCAGUUAGAGAAGUGAAAAUCUCAGCAAAUACAAGUCAUUUUGUUAACAGUUUGUGCCGCUUCAAUAUGGUAAAUAAAACAUGAAAGAAAAUCCUUUCCUGUUGAAUAUUGUUAACAUAAAUAUGCCAUAUAGCUUUGCUGUUCUGUAUCUAUGCCAUAAAAUCUAGGGUUUUCUGGGUUUUCAGACACGUUAGUACAGGUGUACAGUGUAGGUGAUUCCAGACGAUCGCAGAGCACGUGCAGUUGCUCUGGGAGCUGAGAGAGCAGCGAUGAAAACAUUCUGAGGGAAAAAUCCUUCCUUCAUUUACCAAAGAAUAUACCUCUUUCUGGUGUUUUGUUCCUAUCAUAAAAAUAUAGCAGUGCAUUUACAAGGUUAAGAAUUGCAUUGUAGUUCUAGGAAAUGUUAGGAAAUAGGACUGGUGCUUAGAAAGUUCAAGCAGUUAGGCAUAUGACUUAAUUCAGGUACAUAGAAACCGUUUUUUUUCUCCCUAAAUUUUUAAAAUUACAGAGUACAAAAACAGACAAGUCAUGUGGUUUAAUAAAGAAUUACAGAGUGAGCACUCAUGGCAUCUCUAUGCAGGUCAAGAAAUAGACUCACUAGUGCCCCGGAAGCCCACUGAGUGUUCUCUCCAGCUAACCAGUCUUGACUUCUGUCAUUGAGAAGCUCUUAUUUUUGCCACAAGGUGGUGCUUCCCCCAUUAGAUGGCAAAUGGGAUGAUGCAACAGCAAACCUGAAAGGAAGAAGUUGGUAUAGUUUUGCAGUACAUUUGGAACCUAUGCACUAAUACUAAGCCUAUGCAGUGAUACCAAAUUAGCCCUCUAAUCUUAAAUGUAAAUUGCCAGUUUGAUAAAUUUUACAAGUACCAGUUCAAGAAGAAACUGUUUUAUGUUUUAAUAAACAAAGAGAAAACCCCUGUAUUAGAAAAUUAAAUUAAAAAGUCUCCCAUUGUAAAAUUUGUCUUCUGAAAUGUGCUAUAUUUAAAAAUAACUUUUCCCCAAUGUGCUCUGAUUUUUUAAUCUAUCAUGCAUUUAACCAUGGUGUUCUGUAGUUUUUAAAGCUAAUUACCGUUAAGAUUAUUGUAAAAGUUUUAUAGAAUAAAGAUUUGUGUUCUAAGUCCAA